AUGCCACCCAAUAGCUGCCUGCCCACAAAAAAGGUGGGCAUCCACCAACAAAAACGGCCAAAAUCCAAUGAUAAUUGGAUCCGCCCACCCAAAGGCGACUUGGCGCAGUUUACUAAGCAUAUGAUUUCAACUCUACAAUCGGAUAUCAUAGACGAGGAAUUGUCCUUGGUAAUGACCUCGAGGAAAAGCCCAUCCUAUGCAGUCCAGAACUCAGAGCGCACAACUCGGAGCCAUGAAGAGAAUUUGGAUGACUAUGAAAUGUGGAGAAUUGGUGCAAGCUUAAGGCACUUCGCCACAUUUGAAAACAGACGGUCACUUUUCAACAAGAAACGAGCUCUGGAAAUAUAUGAAAGUCCCUGUUGCCAGAGCAACAAACAAGCUAAACGAUGUAGCGAAAAAAAAUGCCUUAAAUCAACGAUCGAAGAAAAACAUUUGACAAGAAUCGUGCAUACUAUGGAGGCUGCUCUACAGAAUGGUGGAAUCACAGGCGAUGGACGGACAACACUAGGGUUGCCUACAAUUGUUGGGAAACACAACGAUUUGAACAAUAUCUCUGCCGAAACGCUAAGGGAUUUAAUGAAAGGCAAAUAUGCUGACACCAUUGCGAGUUAUCGAAUUAUUGACUGCCGAUACCCGUAUGAGUUUGAAGGAGGUCAUAUUCAGGGCGCAGAAAACAUUUAUACAGAAGAGAGCAUUCUAGGUUUACUUCGCGCCAGACACAGCGCCGCUACAAACAUCAAACGCAACAUUUUAAUCUUUCACUGCGAAUUCUCCACGGAAAGAGGCCCAACAAAAUGCCGGUUUCUUAGAAACAAAGACAGGGACCUCAAUAAAGAGAACUACCCAGUUCUGAACUUUCCAGAAAUCUAUUUAUUACAUAAUGGCUACAUGGACUUUUAUACAAGCUACAAGACACUGUGUGAGCCACCAAGCUACAAGCCCAUGCUUCAUAAAGAUCACUCAAAAGACCUCAAGUUUUUCCGCAAGAAGUCCACGGCCUGGUCAGCGGGCGAGAAAAAGAAGCACGCUCGUCAGUUACUCAGAUUCUAAGAACAAACACCGUGCAUUUGAAUGUUAAAUUGAUUUGAGUGGGUAGGACGGUAAAAUACUUGCCAACAAUUCAAGAAAGAAUCUACAGAUUCGGAAGACAAUGGACAAUAUUUGUUUGAAAGACAACAAUCACUACCUGAUAUUCUCAUAGACUGGGGAACUUUCACGCGCCACAUUCGUUGGUUUCUUCAAGACUGAGGAACUUCCUCGUGCGACCUCUGUCGGUUUCUCCUAGACUGGGGAACUUUCACGUGUCACCUCUGUUGGAAUUUCUUAGGCUGGGGAACUUUCACGUGCGACCUUUGUUUGUUAUGACUGCUCAGCAGUUACUGUUAUCAUUUAUGGAAGUUUAAAAUAGUGCUUUAUCUAUUUAUUUAAACUGUUGUUGAUU